UCUUUGUGCCCCCGCGCCUCGAAACCAGGAGGUGAGCAGCAAAGGUGUGCAGAAGGGAGCCAGGCGCGCCAGGUGAGAUGCGGACCCUUGCGGCGGGAAAACCCGGUCUGCACCAGCCCGGCUCGCACGCAGUUCCACAGGCGACACUGACGCGAGGGUCACGAAAGCCGGGGGACGGCGGUUCGGAGGCAGAUAACGGGUCGCAUGAGUACCAGAAGGCAGUGCACAGCAGGUGCCUGCCGCCGGGAGCCUCUCCAAACGCGACUUGCGCGUCGGUUCUGCGGCCGAAGCCCCGCCCCGCAGUGAGGAGCCCUCCGGGCCGGGUGCGGAAAAGAUGUCUCAGCCCACCACCGCUGACGAAGGGGCCACGUUCGAGCAUCUCUGGAGUUCCUUGGAACCGGACAGCACCUACUUUGACCUUCCCCAGUCCACCCAGGGAGACAAUGAGGUGGUGGGCGGUGCAGAGGCCAGCAUGGACGUCUUCCACCUGCAGGGCAUGACCACACCUGUCAUGUCCCAGUUCAAUCUGCUGAGCAGCACCAUGGACCAGCUGAGCGGCCGCGCGGCCUCGGCCAGCCCCUACACCCCGGAGCACGCCGCCAGCGUGCCCACCCACUCGCCCUACGCGCAGCCCAGCUCCACCUUCGACACCAUGUCUCCCGCGCCGGCCAUCCCCUCCAACACCGACUACCCUGGCCCCCACCACUUCGACGUCACCUUCCAGCAGUCCAGCACGGCCAAGUCAGCCACCUGGACGUACUCCCCCCUGUUGAAGAAGUUGUACUGCCAAAUUGCGAAGACCUGCCCCAUCCAGAUCAAGGUGUCCGCCCCGCCGCCCCCCGGCACCGUCAUCCGUGCCAUGCCCGUCUAUAAGAAGGCGGAGCACGUCACCGAGGUCGUGAAGCGCUGCCCCAACCACGAGCUCGGGCGGGACUUCAACGAAGGACAGUCUGCUCCGGCCAGCCACCUCAUCCGCGUGGAGGGCAACAAUCUCUCGCAGUACGUGGACGACCCCGUCACGGGCAGGCAGAGUGUCAUGGUUCCCUACGAGCCCCCGCAGGUGGGGACAGAAUUCACCACCAUCCUGUACAACUUCAUGUGCAACAGCAGCUGUGUGGGGGGCAUGAACCGGCGGCCCAUCCUCAUCAUCAUCACUCUGGAGACCCGGGAUGGACAGGUGCUGGGCCGCCGGUCCUUUGAGGGCCGCAUCUGCGCCUGUCCUGGCCGAGACCGCAAAGCCGAUGAGGACCACUACCGGGAGCAGCAGGCCCUGAGCGAGAGCGCAGCGAAGAACGGGUCCGCCGGCAAGCGUGCCUUCAAACAGAGCCCCCCGGCCGUCCCUGCCCUGGGCACCAACGUGAAGAAAAGGAGGCACGGGGAUGAGGACGUGUAUUACAUGCACGUACGGGGCCGCGAGAACUUUGAGAUCCUGAUGAAAGUCAAGGAGAGCCUGGAGCUGAUGGAGCUGGUGCCACAGCAGCUGGUGGAUACGUACCGGCAACAGCAGCAGCAGCUCCUGCAGCGGCCGAGCCACCUGCAGCCCGCGUCCUACGGGCCCGUCCUCUCGCCCAUGAACAAAGCACACGGAGGCGUCAACAAGCUGCCCUCCGUCAACCAGCUGGUGGGCCAGCCGCCCCCGCACGGCUCGGCAGCCGGGCCCAACCUGGGGCCCAUGGGCCCCGGCAUUCUCAACAACCACGGCCACGCCCUGCCGACCAGCGGUGAGAUGAACGGCAGCCACAGCGCCCAGUCCAUGGUCUCAGGGUCCCACUGCACCCCACCACCCCCCUACCACGCCGACCCCAGCCUGGUCAGUUUCCUGACAGGACUGGGGUGUCCCAACUGCAUCGAGUACUUCACGUCCCAGGGCCUACAGAACAUUUACCACCUGCAGAACCUGACCAUAGAGGACCUCGGGGCGCUGAAGAUCCCGGACCAGUACCGGAUGACCAUCUGGAGGGCCCUGCAGGAGCUGAAGCAGAGCCACGACUAUGGGACCCAGCAGCUGAUCCGCUCCAGCAGCAACGCCUCCACCGUCUCCAUAGGCAGCUCGGGGGAGCUGCAGCGGCAGCGGGUCAUGGAGGCCGUGCACUUCCGCGUGCGCCACACCAUCACCAUCCCCAACCGUGGGGGCCCGGGCGGGGGCUCGGGGCCCGAGGAGUGGGCCGACUUUGGCUUCGACCUCCCGGACUGCAAGUCCCGAAAACAGUCCAUCAAAGAGGAGUUCACGGAGGGCGAGAUUCACUGAGGGGCCCGGCUGCGCCCGAGCGCGGACACGGAGGGCACAGUGCGGGGUCAGCGACGGCAGCCGUGGCCGCGUUCCCCCGGGGAAGCUGUGUUUGGUCUCCUGGUCCUUUUGUCAGACUGCCCAGGGAGGCGGGACCCGCAGGCUGUGCCCCGGAAAAGGCGAGGUGUCCGUGGCGCCCUGGACAGCGGGCAUGCCGUGUCGGGGCCUGGAGCUGGGCCCGCCAGGGGCCUCGUCGUCCUCAGCACUGCUGCUCCCCAGUGAGAUCCUUCGGAAUACAAGGACUGCCUCUGCGACGGACUGCCGAAAAGUAUUUUUCGACGUCUUUUGGUUCCUGGCAAUGAGCGGCUCCGGGAUUGUGUCUAAAACAUGUUUAUUUUUGGGUCGAUGCCUCACACCCUGUCUCUGCCCAAGGCUGGGUCCCUCUGCUGGACUUGAGGGUCAGUCUGUCCCUCACACUUCAAACCAUGCAGCUACCUUCCACUUCCUGCCCAAAGAGGAAACCCAGAACCUCCCUGGAACUGGAGGCAUGUGCGGUCCCUCCUGGGAGGCAAGGAAACUUCUGGUCAGUUGCCACAGCCAACACCGAUGCCAACAUCACUGGCCACAGCUGCCUCCCUGUGGCGACCUUCUCGGCACAGACGUGGACAGCAUGCUUCUUAGACUACUGGAAACUGUCAAUAUUUGAUAAAAUGAUACCCUUUGUA